AAACAAGCAGGUGUAUAAGCCAAAUAUUUAGAAAGCAAAGUCAAAAGAAGUGGAAAGAGAAAAAGAAAACACCGUAAUAACGAGUCAAAAACCACUACCACCAUGCCAGUAUCUGCAGAGGCUGCACUGAGUUGGGAGCGGGCAGAGAUGUACUACGUCAACACUCAAGGCAUCAACCUUCCGCCCCAGAUCGAGGAGCUUGUCAUAGGUUACUUUGUUGACGCUCGUACCAAGAGCUGGACAGCUCAUCUCGCAGACUACUUCAACUCGCUGCCGGAGCAGGACAAUCUGCCAAACGACAAGUCGUCAUCGUCCUCAUCCUCCUCCACAGACACCCUCCAGUCAGCCUUGGCAUCCUGCAGACGCCUCAGAAUAGGCACCGAGUUCCACGGCUUCCUGGACCUCCCACGCGAGAUCCGCGACCAGAUCUAUCGCCAUGCCCUAGUAAAGGGCAAAGUCGCCGUGCCCAACCGCCACGCCGAGCCACUGGAAGCCCAGACGAGACACCAGGCCUGGAAGAUCGACUACUGGCGCCGCGAGACAGGCGAGCCCCUCCUCCGCUACGAAGACGAAAGCCUCUUCGGCCACGGCCUCUUCGCCGGCGAGCCGCUCGAUCCCCCGUCCCUCAACUCCUUGUCUCACUCUUCCUCCCCCUUCUCCUCCCCCUCCUCGUCCCGGGGCACCCCGCUCGGUCUGCUCCAUGGCGUCAGCUCCAUCAUCCACGCCGAGGCCGCAACCAUCUUCUUCGCGCACAACCAAAUCAUCCUCCCCGCCGGGCGAUGGCGCCACCCCAUAGACUUCCGCGAGGCCAGGAUGUCCCACGACGCCUCGGUGCAGGCCUUCCUCGCCCCGUCCGGCGCGCGCCCGUCCCCGAUCCUGAACGCCGCCCUGCUCGCGCGCGAUGUAAGCUACACCUUUGACAUGCGCGACGCCGAGAUGAGGGACUGGGAAGCGCUGCACUUUUGCCAGGCCGUCAAGGAGCAGGUCGACGACCAGACCAUCGCCCCGAGGGACGCCCUGGCCGCCCUGCACGACCAAAAGACCGUCUCCCUCGAGAUCAUGUGGGCCGAGCGCAUCGACGCCGUCAAGAGGAUGACCCUGGACCGCCUGCAGCUCUGUUUCGACGACUGCUACUGUCCUGUCGGCUGCUGCAGGAAGGUGGGCUGGGUCCUGGCAAGGUUCCUGGACUCGGGGCCGCUGGGCGGGGCUGAUGCGCAUGACCAGGCCCAUGUCUACUCCACGCUGGACUGGGCGGGGCGGCCGCCCAAGGUCGUGGAGGUCAUGGGCUGGGUGAACGAGGCCGAGAGGGAUAGGAUUCGAGAGUUGCUGGCCAGACUGCCUGGCGCGAAUGAUGCCGUGGUCCGCUUUAUGGGGUACAGUAGGAGGCCCGGGAUUGGGGAGUUUCUGAUUGACGAUAUUCUCACUUAUAAUGAUUCGGACUUGUAG